AUGAGCUUCCAGAUAUGGUUCCUGAUCCUGUGCCUCAUCCUGCCUCUGGGGGCUACUGGAGGGGCCUCCCCCAUCCAGUCCCAGAUCAUUGGAGACUUCCACGUCCCCCAGCCAGGCUACAACAUGAGCUUCCUGAAGAAUAGGAAUAAUUCUCCAUACCCCAAAAAGGAUUACUACAGCAAUGACAUUAUGCUGCCCCACCUAAAGAAGUCCAUGGAGAUCACAGAGGCUGAGAAGGUACUGGACCUGCUCUCUGGGGAGCACCUGCAUCGCCUCGGGCUAGCCUGUGUGUACCCAGAUGAUAUACAAUGUGAGCAUCUCAAACACGUGUCCAAUGACGUGUGUGCCAGUGCCCAGACCAGUGAUAACAAAGUCUAUGCUGUGUGCUGGGCAUAUGAAGGGCAGCAAAGAUGCCUGUUGGGUGACUCGGGCGGCCCACUGGUCUGCAAUGGCGUGUUGCAGGGUAUCCUGUCUUCGGGUCACAACCCAUGUGGCAAAUCCGAAGCGCCAGCUGUCUACACGUACAGAGUGAUUUCACACGUGGACUGGAUCCGGGCCCUCACCUCGCCUGUACCCACAUUAAACUCGAAUGUACAGCAAUAG